AUGGCAGCCAACUUCUCUAGUGUCCCUGUCCUUGACUACUCUCUCGUAUCGGACCCGGAGCGCAGGCCGGAUUUCAUUUCCCAGCUACGCCAUGCGCUGAUCAACGUCGGAUUCCUGUAUCUCUCACAUCCUCCCGUCGCACGCGAGGACAUCGACGCGAUCAUUGGCUAUGCGCCACGGCUGUUCGACCUCCCGCAGGAGGCGAAGGACAAGAUCAACAUGAGGAACUCGGAGCACUUCUUCGGGUACACGAGGCUCGGUGCAGAGAUCACCAAGGGCCAGACAGACCAGCGCGAGCAGUAUGACUUCGCCACGCCGUACGAGAAGCGGUGGAAGCCCGGCGAUCCCGAGUAUAUCAGGCUAUGGGGCCCUGCUCAGUGGCCUGACGAGGAGCUGCUGCCCGGAUUCAAGGACACCAUGCAUCGAUACCUCGCGCAAGUCGAGAAGCUCAGCUAUGAGUUCAUCGGGUUGCUUGCGGAGGCGCUCGAGCUUCCGCAGGAUGCCCUCAAGCAGUUCUACGAGAAGGACGGUCCGACGCAGCAUCGUGCCAAGGUCGUGAAAUAUCCCCCACAGGAUAACCUUUCGUCCAACCAGGGCGUUGGUCCCCACUUCGACGGUGGCUUUCUGACAUUCCUUCUCCAAGCAUCUCCGCACCCGGGCUUACAGGUGCAAAAUCUUGCUGGCGAGUGGAUUGAUGCUCCGCCCAUUCCCGGUACCUUCGUAGUCAACAUUGGCAAAGCCCUUGAAACUGUUACUCAAGGCCUUGCGUGUGCGACGUCCCAUCGGGUCCUCUCGCCUCCUCCUGGUUCAACGCCGAGAUAUUCCGUGCCGUUCUUCCAGAACAUUGCACAGCGAGUCUCAAUCAAAGAUUUUACGCUACAGUUCAACCCUGAGAUCCUCAAACUCAAGGAACAACGCGGGGCCACUGGUAGUGUUGAAUCUGUCAACUAUACCGAGUACAACCAGCUUCCCUCUGGUCUUGUCGGACUGAUUGGCCGGGUCAAGAGUCAUCCAGACGUCGCAGAGAGGCACUAUCCAGAUCUUUUCAAGCAAUUCUUCCCACAGGGGUUGCCCGCGCAAGGCAGCGCGUACUGA